ACCAAUUAGCAGCAGAGUAUGCCACAACUUCUGGGAGCAGGAAAGACCUCUCCUAGCUUCCUACUGGAUAUCUUUAUUAGCAUUUUCGUAGAUUCUGUGAAAAAGAAGAAAUAAAAGGAUAUCACCCACAUCUUCGAAAUGUUUUUCAAAAUGAAAAAUGAGAUAGACGAUGACCCCGAAUCAGAAAAAUACAUCAAGGAUUCCACCAUCAUGAGAAGAGAGCCCCAAAAUGUCCUUAGUCCUUUGGUGCUCCCUAACCUUGAGAUCCCAUUCUCAGUAAAGGAUAUCAUCGCUAAGAUUGAGCGCGCACAGCUCCAUCGAGCAAGAGAGGACAUUGAUAUGCAGCUGAGUGAAAUAAUGAACAAUGUGCAUCGGAUAAUGACUCGCUAUACUCUUGUUUUUGCCUCGUCCUCUGAAAGGAAUGUCUCCCUUACAGAACAAAAGAAAAAACAGAGAACCAAUUUUCUUGAGAAAAUGGCUACUUAUGCUAAGACUGUUGAAAUUAGAGAAAAGACUCUUGCCAACAUUCUGAUCUGGUUGGAAGAAUGGAAUGCCGUUUUGUCUGAGAUGACUCUAAUGGAUGUUGAUGAACACUACCACUGGAUAGCACGAAUGGAGAUGUUACCAGAUACGUUAAAAGCUAUUGAGAAAAAUGUCAAGAUACUAAGCAGAUUUAGUACAGCUUUCCUUGAUGAAAAGAAGAAACAAAAGAAAAAAAUAUUAUCUAGAGGUACUCUAUGGAAAUCUUGGAAAGAAAGAGUUAUAAAACGACCUUCAACAGCCCAUGCUUUAAGACCAGAUCAGAUGAUUAGUGAUCAAUUUGCAACAAAUACAAAGGUUUCAGAAAUCCAAGGUAUGCUACAGGAACUCAUAGGCACCACAAUGUUCAGUACAUUGGAAAACAGUGCUAUUAAAUAUAUAUCAUCAACAAUAGUAAACUUUUCUAAAGCUUUGAGUAUGCUAAAUGAUGAAUUAAAAGGUGUUAACUUCCAAAGUUCCACUGUGUGUGUACCUGAGACAAGUGAAGCAGAAAAGGAGCUCUCUCUGAAGGUAAUACAAGAUCUCAGUAACGAAAAUGAAAUGCUUCAGCAGAAACUUCAUGAUGCAGAAGAAAAAUGUGAACAACUUAUUCGAUCCAAAAUUGUUACAGAACAAACAUAUGCAAUAUUGUCCACAUCAUCAACCUUGAAAGUGUUACCUGGACCUUCUCCACAGUCAUCCAGGGCCAUUAUCAAAGUUGGUGAUAUUGAGGACAAUAUGGACAAUAUUUUAGACAAGGACCUUGAAAAUAUUGUAGAUGAAGUCCAAAGAAAAGAGACCAAGGACUCUGGGAUAAAAUGGGAGUCCAGUAUUUCAUAUAGAGCCCAAGCUGAAAGAACUCCAGAUUUAACUGAACUGCAACAGCAACCUGUUGCUUCUGAACAUAUUUCUGAAGAUAGCACUAAAGAUAACGUAUCACUGAAGGAAGGUGAUGUCUAUCAGGAAGAUGAGAUUGACGAGUAUCAGUCAUGGAAAAGAAAGCACACAAAAGGCACACAUGUAUCUGAGACCUCUGGACCAAAUCUGAGUGAUAAUAAAGGUGGACAGAGAGUCUCAGAGGCCAAACUCAGUCAAUACUAUGAGUUACAAGCACUGAGAAAGAAAAGAAAAGAAAUGAAAUCCUUUCCUGAAGACAAAUCAAAGUCACCCACUGAAGCAAAAAGAAAACAUCUCUUUUUAACUGAAACAAAGAGCCAAGGUGGCAAAAGUGGAACAAGUAUGAUGUUGGAGCAAUUUAGGACGGUCAAACGUGAAUCUCCAUUUGACAAACACCCAACUGCAGCAGAGUUUAAAGUGGAACCCACCAUUGAGUCGUUGGACAAAGAGGGCGAAGGUGAAAUUAGCAGCCUAGUGGAGCCACUCAAUAUGAUCCAAUUUGAUGAUACCGCUGAGCCACAGAAAGGAAAAAUAAAAGGAAAGAAACACCGUAUCUCUUCAGGAACUACCACAAGCAAAGAAGAAACAAUUGAAGAGAAGGAAGUGUUGACCAAACAAGUCAAGUCUCACCGACUUGUCAAAUCACUCUCAAGAGUGGCUAAAGAGACUUCAGAAUCUACUAGAGUUCUAGAAAGUGCAGAUGGCGAAAGUGAACAGAGUAACCUCGAAGAAUUUCAGAAAGCCAUAAUGGCUUUCCUAAAACAGAAAAUUGAUAACACGGGAAAGCCUUUUGACAAAAAGACUGUUCCGAAAGAAGAGGCGUUAUUAAAAAGAACAGAAGCUGAAAAAUUAGGAAUCAUAAAGGCAAAAAUGGAGGAAUAUUUCCAAAAAGUGGCUGAAACUGUGACUAAAAUCUUGAGAAAAUAUAAAGAGAUAAAAAAGGAAGAACGAGUUGGAGAGAAACCUAUAAAACAAAAAAAGGUAGUCUCAUUUAUGCCAGGAUUGCAUUUUCAGAAGUCACCAAUUAGUGCAAAGUCUGAAAGCAGCACCUUCCUCUCACAUGAGAGCACAGAUCCAGUAAUUAACAAUUUAAUGCAAAUGAUCUUGGCUGAAAUAGAAAGUGAAAGAGAUAUUCCAACAGUCUCAGCAGUACAGAAAGACCACAAGGAGACGGAAAAACAAAGGUGGGAGCAAUAUUCGCAAGAGGGUCAAGAACAAAUGUCUGGCAUGAGUCUCAAACAGCAGUUCCUGGAAGAAAGAAAUCUCUUGAAGGAGCACUACGAGAAGAUAAGUGAGAACUGGGAAGAGAAAAAGGCGCAGCUCCAGAUGAAGGAGGGAAAGCAAGAACAACAGAAACAGAAACAGUGGCAGAAAGAAGAGAUGUGGAAGAAAGAGCAAAAACAGACAACUCCAAAGCAGGCUGAGCGAGAUGAGAAGCAAAAGCAAAGAGGACAGGAGGAAGAAGAGCUUUCAAAGUCAAGUCUGCAGCGACUGGAAGAAGGCACCCAAAAAAUGAAAGCACAAGGGUUGCUCUUGGAAAAGGAGAAUGGACAGAUGAGGCAGAUUGAGAAGGAAGUGAAACAUCUGGGGCCAAACAUGAGAAGGGAGAAAGGGAAGGAAAAGCAGAAGCCUGAGAGGGGGCUAGAGGAUCUCAGAAGGCAGACCAAAACAAAGGAGCAGAUGCAGAUGAAGGAAACACAACCUAAAGAGCUAGAAAAACUGGUCACCCAAACUCCAAUGACAUUAUCUCCCAGGUGGAAGAGUGUAUUGAAAGAUGUACCGUGGUUAUAUGAAGGAAAAGAGUUUCAUAGGAAUCUGAAGACAUUAGAGAAUCUUCCUGAUGAAAAGGAGCCCGUAUCAAUCACACCUCCCCACUCUCCACAGCCCUCCUCGCCUGGAGCUCUUCCUAUUUCCGGACAGCCUCUCACUAGAUGCAUUCAUCUCACACCUCAGCAGGCCCAGGAAGUGGGGAUCACGCUCACCCCUCAGCAGGCCCAGGCUCAGGGGAUCAUGCUCACCAUUCAGCAGGCCCAGGAACUAGGGAUCCCUCUCACCCUUCAGCAGGCUCAGGCCCUGGAGAUCCCUCUCACCCCUCAGCAGGCUCAGGAACUAGGGAUCCAGGCCCAGGCCCUGGGGAUCCCUCUCACCCCUCAGCAGGUGCAGGCUCAGGGGAUCACUCUCACCCCUCAGCAGGCCCAGGCACUGGGAGUCCCCAUCACCCCAGUAAAUGCCUGGGUGUCAGCUGUCACUCUUACCCCUGAGCAAACCCAGGUUUUGGAGUCCCCUAUCAACUUAGAACAGGCUCAAGAACAGUUAUCGAAGUUAGGGGUUCCUCUCACCUUAGAUAAAGCCCAUACCUUGGGAUCGCCCCUCACCCUUAAGGAAGUCCAGUGGUCCCACAAACCAUUUCAGAAACCGAAGGCUUCUCUCCCUACUGGGCAAUCCAUCAUAUCAAGAUUGUCUCCAAGCCUUAGGCUGUCCCUGGCAUCAUCAGUUCCUACUCCUGAGAAGUCCUCUAUAUUGCCGAUAUCAAGGGUUCCCCUCAACCAAGGCCCCUUUCCCCCUGGGAAGCCCCUAGAAAUGGGGAUUCUUUCUGAGCCUGGGAAGCUUGGGGCACCACAGACUCUUCGUUCCUCUGGACAGACCCUGGUAUACGGAGGUCAAUCCACUUCUGCGCAGUUCCCGGCACCACAGGCCCCUCCCACCCCUGGGCAGCUCCCAAUAUUUGGGGCCCCUCCCACUCCAGGGCAGCCCUUUAUAGCUGGAGUCCCACCCACUUCUGGACAGAUUCCAAGUCUCUGGGCUCCUCUUUCUCCUGGGCAGCGCUUAGUUCCUGAAGCAUCUUCCAUCCCUGGGGACCUCCUGGAAUCUGGACCCUUAACCUUCUCUGAGCAGCUCCAGGAAUUCCAGCCUCCUGCCACUGUUGAACAAUCUCCCUAUCUGCAGGCUCCUACCUCUGGGCAGCAUCUGGCACCAUGGACCCUUCCUGGGCUAGCUUCUUCAUUAUGGAUCCCUCCCACCUCUAGACAUCCUCCCACACUCUGGCCGUCCCCAGCCCCUGGAAAGCCCCAGAAAGGUUGGUCCCCUUCUGUUGCUAAGAAAAGAUCGGCAAUUAUUUCUUCUCUGACAUCUAAAUCAGCACUGAUCCAUCCUCGUACUCCAGCUUUCAAGGUAGCUCAAGUACCUUUCACCACUAAGAAGUUCCAAAUGCCGGAGGUCUCUGACACUUUCGAAGAAACCCAGAUACUUCGAGAUCCUUUUGCUAUGGAAUCAUUUAGAACAUUUCAGUCCCAUCUCACCAAAUACAGGACCCCAGUAUCCCAAACCCCUUACACUGGUGAAGGGGCCCUUCCCACUCUCAUGAAGCCUACAUCACUAUCUUCUCUCACUACUCUACUCAAAACAUCACAGAUUUCACCUUUGGAAUGGUACCAGAAAUCCCGAUUCCCUCCUAUAGACAAGCCCUGGAUACUGAGUUCAGUUUCAGGUACCAAGAAACCCAAAAUAAUGGUGCCCCCUUCCUCUCCUCAAGAACUUGAAGAAAAGAGGUAUUUUGUUGAUGUGGAGGCUCAGAAGAAGAACCUGAUACUAUUAAAUCAGGCUAUAAAAACUUGUGAACUCCCUUCACAGCUGCACACAACGGCUAGGACUCUCAUAAUUGAGAUACUUCAUACGGACACGGUUCAGUUGGGAUACCUAUUCCGCAAGUACAUUGCCUAUAGGCUGAUCCAGUAUGCCAGGAACAACAUAAUGAAACGACUAAAAGCCAUCCAAAAUACUGGGAAAGGCUAUGAGGCCAGGAACCUCCACAUGAUGCUGAGCAGACUUGAUGACUACGGGAAAAAGGUGAUGCAGGUCUGGACUGAGAAGCAGAAGUCUCUAGGGCAGAAACGGAAUCAGUGCCUGAAGAAAAUGAUACAUGUAUUCAACCAGCUCAAAAAGAUAUAUGAAUUGAAUCUUAGUCAACCUAUCCCCUUAAUCAUCGAAGAAAAGCAGAUACCUGCCGCUACCACAUUUGUUCAGAAGCCAUUCUUAAAAUUACUAGUGGAAGAAGACAGAACCUCUGACAUAUUCAAGAAAUCUAGACAACAAGAGGACCAGACACAGCCCAUCUGGAAUGUUGAUCUGUCCACUUCAAGCUACCCAAUAGCAGAGAAGACAUCUAUGCAUUCACUCUGGGCCCAGCUGGGUGGGUACCCAGAUAUUCCCAGGCUGCUUCAGUUAGAGGUGCAGUCUACCUUCCGAAAAUCUCUUGCAUCCCUCCAGUCACAGGUUAAGAAGAUUCCCAAAUGACUGUAAAAUUAAAUACAAGCAUAUUGAAAGUACAUUUCAACAUCUUUCAGUAAAAUGCCUAUUUUGUUCUC